AUGUCAAAGCGAACAAUUGCAGCAUUGAAUCGCGCGGAAACAUUCAAAACAAAAUAUAAAGAUUCUAUUGCCGGACCGCAUAGAACAGUUAUUCGUGCUAAUGCGAAAAUAGUUGCAAUGUCCGUUUUCAAAUUGUUUGAUAGAAAAUCAUCAUUGAUCCAACCGAAAUUGAAGGAAAAAUACGAUCAGACCGAUAACCGAUGUCAAGGAUUGGAAUCUCGAAUAUUUGAGAUCAAACAUGGCAUUAAUGGUCAAGAGCCGGUUCUUUUUGAUAUAGCUAUUGGUGAGAAUAAUGCGUAUGGAAAGAAGGAUACGUCUGUUUGUGAAAAAAGAAUUCAGUUGAGCGGCGGACAGAAACAGCGCGUCGCAAUAGCACGAGCAUUAAUUCGAAAUCCGAAACUAUUAUUAGAUGUAGCAACAUCAGCACUCGAUUCCGAAUCUGAAAUAGUUAUACAAGACGCUCUAGAUCGUGCUCAGCAAAAUUAUAAUUGCAUUUCAGGCUAA